AUGUUAGUGACUUACAGGAGGGAGAGGAGUAUACGAGAUGCAUAUGAAGAGCGCUUUAUGCCUGAGAGAGCGGCGAGAGGUCAGUACUCUCGAGGAGGGGAAAGGCGAAGCCAUUUUGGCAGGCCCGAUAAUUACGACUACGAAGGAGGUCCUCGCUUUUUCCCAAAUGGAGGUGGCCCACGGAAUUACCAUGGAGAAGAUCAACGCGGGUACCAUGGGGAUGGCGGCGGGCAUUUCCCCUCGGAACGUAGAGGCGGACCACCGUCAAGAAGGGAUGAUUAUUCAUACAGAGGACCCAGGGAGGAGCAACACACAGGACGGCCAAUGGAAUAUAACAACCGUGCACCACCACCUCGGACCCAAGGCAUGUACCCAGCGGCCCGAUCGUUACCAGAAAGUGGAUCUGACACGCUCAUGCAAGCUAUACUCAACCUGGACCGUGGGGAUGAAAGACAGGACUACCGGAGAAAGGCGCCGCCGUUCCCGACCCCAAGAGACCGCUCCCCCCACAGCCGCUCAGGUUCAAGCGUGAGCAGCAGGGGUUACUCGCCGGACCGCUCCAAAAGCCUCCCAUUUUCUUCACAACAAGGCAAGAAAAAGAUCCCGGGUCUGUCAAGAGAAGGCUCCCCGAGCAGCGCAAUCUCAAACAAGGAGGAGAACAUUGCACCUGAAGUAGAAAAAGAGGAUCCAUCGGCAAUUACUAUCAUCGAGGAGGUUCCGAAAACGACCACCGAUAACUUAAAGGAACGGAGAGCUCAAGCAAUUGCUGCUAAAGCCAAGGACAUUGAAAAGGUUUACCGCCGGGACUGUGAAACGUUCGGUAUGGUGGUGAAGAUGCUCGUCGCUAAAGAUCCCAAUCUGGAGAAGCAGCUCCAAGUCCCCCUUAGGGAGAACCUCGGUGAGAUACGUGAACGUUGUCUCGAGGACCUCAAACAUUACAUUAGUGAAUUGGACGCGGCAACGCAACAGCCAGAACCUGCCACGUGUGACUCGAGCACCCCUUCGACAUCUUCGAGUAGCCAUAAACCAUCAAGGACUGGGAUCAAUCACACCCAGACUUACUGA